CAUGAAUACAGUGGGAAGCUCAAGAUAGUCACAUGACUCUCCUCGCCAGCGCAGAUAUGGUCGCCCUCAAUCGCUCGUCCACAUCCCUCUCCCCCUAUCAUCUCCCCCAAAACUCCUCCUUUCUCCUUCGUAAGGCACCUAUGAGCUCGAACUCGUACAAGCUUGGCGAGCUACUAGCGAGCAAAUGGCGAUGGCUGGCUUCGAAGGAAGGAAGAAGAAAGAGGAGCAAAGGUCAUUUCGUCUUCUACGCCAAAGGGGGAAAGCGAUUCCUUGUGCCGCUCAAGUAUUUACAACACCCAAUCUUUCGCGUUCUGCUGGAGGUUGCAAAAGAGGAGUUUGGAUAUGGGUCUUGCGGCCCACUGCGCGUUCCCUGUGAGGAGGAGCUGAUGGACCACCUCGUCUCGCUUAUGGAAAAGAGCUGCCACGCCACCGCCGCCUCCGCCGCCGACGGCGACGGGGUUGUGAUUAAACCUUGUUCUAAAAUCUGAGAUCUGAAAUUUCUUCUUACUCUGUGUUUGAAGAGGAGGCCUGAGUGUUGUGAGGCUUCAACGGCUAGUUCUGGUCGUUCAAUUUGUAUAUAAUUGCUCUGUUUUUAUUCCAAGUUUUUUCUCUUUUAAAAUUUGUGCUUGUUUUUUGGAUUUA